CCCAAUCUUCCGCAUUUCUGAGGCAGAAUCGCUCACAAGAAGUCGAAAUGGCAGGAGGACAUGGGCAUGGCUCUACUUACAAAGGCGUAACCUUGCACCAACCCAAACGUUGGCAUACUGUCACCGGCAAGGGCCUGUGUGCCGUCAUGUGGUUUUGGAUUCUUUAUAGGGCCAAGCAAGAUGGUCCUGUAGUACUGGGUUGGAGGCAUCCUUGGGAUGGUCAUGACGAUCACCAUUAGGUUUCCAGCGAAGUAUAAUAAGGAACGCAAGGCAGAAGCACCGAUCUGCUCUUGGUAUGAAUGUCAUUUCAGAAUAUCUGUUUGGUUUCUGUACAAUAAAUUGAUGGUGAAAGAGUGUAUCGAAGAUGAUGUGAUGAGAUUCUGGAAUAUAUAGAUUUUAUGUUUUUAUUUAAAUGCUUUUGCCUGCUUUCUUUAUGAA